UUAUUUUUUACCCAGCAUGCCCGCAAGCAUGAAAGCCUGAAAGCCUCGGGUCGAGCACGCAACAGCAUUUGCUCGGAAAGUACUGUAAAUCCAACAAGCUUGGCUUAGCCGACCAAGUGAUGCAUUGCUGUGACUCUAACGCUUGAAAGGAGAAUCAACUACACUUGGGUAGGGGCAUCCUCAUGAGAACAUGUAAUGGUGAGGCCCUGCAUGUGUGGUGAGCAUGCCGGCCCCCAGCACCGCGGGCAGCAGCCCCAGCGCCAACAGCGCUGGCAGUGCCGGUGGCGGCAACACCAAUGGCCUGGUCGUCUGCAACGAGGCCUGUGGAAUCCGCGAUGUCUGGGCCUCCAACCUGGAGGACGAGUUUCGCACCAUCAUACGGGUGGUCCAGAAGUACAACUAUGUUGCCAUGGACACAGAGUUUCCAGGAGUGGUGGCCCGGCCCAUUGGGGAGUUCCGCAGCACUGCAGACUACCAGUAUCAGCUGCUACGCUGCAAUGUGGACCUUCUCAAGAUCAUCCAGUUAGGCCUCACCUUUCUCGACGAGCACGGAAACACACCCCCAAAUUAUUCAACCUGGCAGUUCAAUUUCAAGUUCAGUCUCACGGAGGACAUGUACGCGCAGGAUUCCAUUGACCUGCUUACCAACUCCGGCAUUCAGUUCAAGAAACACGAUGAAGAGGGCAUCAAUCCGUACGAGUUUGCUCAGCUUCUCAUGACAUCGGGAGUGGUCCUGUCGGACAAUGUCAAGUGGCUUUCCUUUCACAGUGGAUAUGACUUUGGCUACAUGCUGAAGUUGCUGACGGACCAAAACCUGCCCGUGGAUGAGUCAGAAUUCUUUGAGUUGUUGCGAAUCUACUUUCCGGCCAUCUACGAUGUGAAGUACCUUAUGAAAAGUUGCAAGAACCUGAAAGGAGGCCUGCAGGAGGUGGCUGAGCAGCUAGAGCUUGAACGUAUCGGGCCACAACACCAGGCGGGCAGUGACAGCUUGCUUACCGGCGCAGCCUUCUUCAAGAUGCGAGAAAUGUUCUUUGAGGACAACAUAGACGAUGCCAAGUACUGUGGCCACCUGUACGGACUGGGCACAUCUUAUGUUAUGAACGGAAACUCUUACCAUGACGAGGCGACCCCAAACAACGUGGCUCUGCCUGCAACCGCUGCCCAGUCUACCCCCACCUCCACCAACUCUGCGUCUUGACAUGCCUGCCACCACUACAGUGCUGCCAACUCUUCAAAAGUUCCUCCCUAGCCGUUCCCUCAGUCUGUUAUUCUAACAUCAGUGGCUGGCGACCAGGAGAGCACGUUUUUAUAGGUGUGCAAGUUUUGUUCAUUUCACAAGUGUUUAAUCAGGGCUGCAUGUACAGGAUAAUGCUUGUGUGCCAGUGUGGCCACAUGGGACAUUUUAUAUUUCAGCAAAAUAGCUAUUUCUUCUUCUAUGCAUUGAUCUCUGUUCUCCCAUGCUGGGCAGUAAAAUCUCAUUCAAGGCAAAUGCUGUGCACCACUCACUUGAAUGCAUGCCUUGGCUGUGUCAUAAUCGUUGUGUGCAUUAGGGCAGCACAUGUAAAAAGAAAAUGCGACACACGUGUAGAGGCAGGUAUGUACGGGCAGGAUGCAUGUCGUGUUCUGUUCCAUGUGCCGCACUAAUGCACUCCACAAUGAUGGAUGACCAACUUGCCCCUGCGGAUGUGCCAGUCAAAUACACACAGAACCCUCUUCAAAUGAACGUCUAAGCCAGUAAAAAAAAAAACUGCUUUAGGAAUGUCCCAUAUCUGUGUAUUUUCACAUGUGGAAAAUUCAAGUUCGAGGAAAGUUUUUCUGGUUGAGUGUGUUGCAUGGCUGGUAUUUUAUUUGCAACAUUUUUUUUUCUUCUCUUCCCAGCAAGGAAUUCAGAAGUGGUAUCUUUGUGGUCUCUCUCUACCAGCUUUUCUAUUCCAAAACUGAAACCUAUGAAUGUACACCUGCCCUUGUUAGACUACCAGUGUGUUUUCUUGCUGCUUUACAGAUUUUAGCGAAACCACUAAGUUUCAGAGUUUAGCAAACAGGGGUUUUCUUUAGCCGUGGUGACGUGUCUGUCGUGUAAAAAUGACCAGGCUGAAACUGCUAUGAUGAGUUUUCACAAAGACCAUGCCAGUGAGUCAAUCUGCCUCCUCAAUAGCAUAUCGAGCCCUCACCUCCCUUUGCCACUCGGCACACAAGCUAUGCAGCGCCUAUUUCUAGCCAGCCCUUUGGGAUUUCACACUUUUCUAUGACACAAAACUGCUUUUUAUUAUAACUUAGUGCAUACAAGGUGUACAAAGCCACUCAUGUCCACCUUGUGCCAUUUUUUGCCUCCCUUUUAAAGUUCUGUGCGCAAUUUUCUGUGGAUGCCCACUGCACGCACAGACUGACAUUUGGAGAGGGGGGAGCCACUGUGGUGCAAUGUCAUUUUUAGUGAAUACAUAAUGUUGUAAAUAAAUGAAAUUGUGCAUUAAAGGCUGUCUGAAUAUCA